AUGAGAUUAUUGGUUCGACCUGCGAAAAAAAGCGAUCAGCAUAAUCAUGUAUUCAAUCACCAUCGUGGCUUUAGUUGUAGCAUUUAUGAUGAAAACUCAUGCGAAUCGUACAACAUAAUGGGCUUGAAUCUUCAAUUUUCAUCUGGAUCUGCUGUUGAUUCAACCGAACCACAACGGCCAGCAUCAGAUGCGACUUCCAUUAUUACUCCAAUCAAUGGGUCCAUAUGCAAUUUACCGUAUCAGAUCAACGGUUGGGACAUGCACUUUUGUUUGAAACAAGAUGAUGCAGAUGUUUACACAUGUCCAACUGAUGUGUCAAAUGCUAGUAGAUGUACAGCAGGUAAAUAUGGAUAUGCCACGAUCAAUCACACGAAAACAUUUGACCAAACUUAUUCGACAAUUGUAAGAAACAAUACAGCAGUCGAGCAAUGUCUUACUUUCUACUAUUAUUUCACAAAUCAUCUGUUUAAUCCAAGCAUUGAAGUGCUCUGGCAAUCUUUAACACCCUAUAGUGAAGAUCAUAUUAGUAUUAUUAAAGUAGCAUCCCAACGAGAAAAUAAGUGCGGCAGCAAUUCUAAUGACUUCACAUUUGCAGUUGAUGAUAUAUCAAUCACGAGUGGCUUGUGUAGUACUGCAGAACCGAGUUUACAAAACUUCACCAUCGAUGUAACAGAUGAAUCUACCGACUAUAUUAGUUCAAGUGAAUCGUAUUCGACAAAUAUUAGUUCAAGCGAAUCGUAUUCGACAAAUAUUCCAACGGAUUCAGAUCAGUCGACAUUGUUGUCUCAAUCAUCGUCAUCUAUUUUGGUAAAUACAUCUCCUGAGGAUAUAGGCACUAGUUCAGAUUUUGAGCUAAUAUCCAACUUGUUAUCCACACGAGCAUCAACUGCAAAUCAACAAUAUUCUACAGAAGUCGUCUCGACAUCCAAAGUUUCUUCAAUCUUCACAACAAUUAAACGCGAAGAAACAUUCAGUUCAACUAUCCAACUUCUUACUAAUACUUCAACGGCAACUACCAGUAUUCGAACAACGACCCAGUCUUCAUCCAGUAUUUCAUCUGCUUUUAUGACGAGGUCUAACAUCAAUACUGCGUUGAUCAUUGGUCUAUGCGUGGGCUUGGUUUUACCCAUGACAGUACUCUCGACAAUAGGCUUAGUGUACUAUUUUAAAUUUUAUCGAUCAAUGUCAUACCGAGCACGUCGUCGAAUACAUACAAAUAGAACUAUAACUUUCAACGAUGACUGA